AUGAUUGUCGUGCACGGGUUCCAGCGCGUGCUGGCAGAUUGGGAUCAUUCGUCCGCGAACCGUUUGACUGUUGUCCGUGCCGCCAAGACGAAGUCGCUGAAGUCCAUGCGGGACAAUAUCGUCAAGCACGCGGGUGAGCUGGCCGUCGACAUCGUGUUAACCGAGCCCGCGGUGGGCCGAACUUCGGGCGCUCGCGCAACGGCGGCCCACGCGCCCCCCCCUGCAGACAGCGCAGCCGAUACCGAAACGGCUACCGAGGUUGCGGGUGAUUCUUCCGCGGGAGCCAACAGGGAGGUCGGUGCCGCGGAAAAAGGAAAAGACCGUUCUGCGGGAACCGUGGGAAAGGCCCUCGCCAUCGACUACCGUGGCAGUGAUGAUGUUGGAAAGGGGCCGCGCAAGAGCGGCAACCGUUCUUUCGAGGAGCUGUCUGUUUUGCCUCACCUCACGCUUGUGCACGAGGUAAUGCGUCUCGAGGCCGACGCCCGUCGGGCGAAGGACAUGGCCAAGACGCAGGAAAGGCAGUUGGCACAGCAGCGGGAGAAGUUGUCGGAGUUGAUGGGUUGGAUAGCGGAGAACCAAGAAGCCUUUGAGCGCGGGAUGUUAACCAUGAGCCGCAUCGAGGCCCGCCUCGACGAAUCGGAUAAGCGCGGGCACCGUGAUGUUGCUGACGCGGUCCAGGAGAUCCGUGUGGAGAGGGUGAAUGCGAUGUCGCAAAGGGAGACGUCAGCGCUCGCACUUGUACGUGUUGAGGCGACUGCCUUGGAUCUGAAAACCCUUGUGACUUUCGCGAUCAACGAUGUCGCUGAGCGGACCCGCACGGAGGUUUGGCGCAAGCUUGUCGGCCUCGAAGACUCUGUGGCACGGGCGGCGGAGCGUGGUGCGGGUGCGGGGGCUAUGAUCCUGAGGACAGUGAUGGGGAACAUUGGGAGAAACGCUGGGUCGACUGCCGACCCCGUGCAUUCCGCGGGUCGGGAUCCCAAACUCGGAGCUGGUGCAGCGGGUGAUGCGAGCCUGCCACUGAUGCUUGCGGGCGGUGGUGAGCCAGUGCGUCAUGACAAGCGCUCUGUUCCUCAGGUUGCCGAAGGCGAGGCUUCCAACCGCGCGAAGAAAGUGAAGAGUGCUGGUGGUAUCACUUCUGCUGGCCCGAAAGAGGCCGCUCCUGGGGUGGCUGCUUCGAAGGACGUUGUUGUUGCUUCUAGCAGGCUGGCGAUUGGAACGAAGGGCACGAAUGAGGGGGCGGAAGAUUCUGUUGGCGACGAGGAGGACAAGGCGAGGGAGGCGUGGAGGAAGUAUCUUGCGGCGCGGGCAGCGGCGAAAGGUGCUGGUCCUGGGGCUGAGGUGGGGAACCCUAAGAGUGCCGAGAUCGUUCAGACGCCGAUGGUCGGUGUCCGUUUUAAUCCGGGCCAAAAAAACCCCUUCUGGGUUGAGCUUCAUCACGGUGGCGAGCGCUUCUAUCUCGGCUCGUUUUCGCGUGCUGGGUCCGCGCGCUAUCAGUACGCGGUGGCAUCGACCAUAUGGCACGACCGCGUGCAGAAGUCUGAGUUGGUGCUCACAGACCUGAAGGAGGAGGAAUGGACACUCGGUCUCGAUCUCGCCCGAAAGAUGACCGCGGUGUCGUAA